UAUUCAUUUUCAAUUUCAUGUGUUUUCCCAGAGCAUUUGUGCCCCACUUUGUCAGGUGAGAUAUUUACCGCAAAAAAUGAAUCAUGAAAUACAGCGUGUUUUUUGUAGCAGCUACAUAACUUCACUUUAAUGUGCAGAUUUAUUUGGCAUCUCACAUGAAUACAAAUUUCAGCCACAGCUCUAUUUUUUCUUUUUCUUUUUGGUAAACAGCACCAUCAUAGCAAAUGGCCGUUAUUUUUCCUCAGUUCAUACCGAACUUAACUGAUUCGGACACAGAAAUGCAAUAAAAAACGUACGAUAACGUUAUAUCGAUAUAAAACGACAAAUCAAGUAUAAAAACAACAGCUAACUUACAUUGUGCUCAUCAUUUAAACAGUUUAACGUUUACCAUAAAAAACCAUUGCCUUUUAAGUUAACUAAAAAAACAACAACAGGCGGAUGUUAACGGUUUUUGGCGGCAUUUUCACGUUCAUAGCUGCGCCACUUAAAUUCAUCUUAUUUUUGAUCGAGAAAACGAUGGAGGAAAUUGCUGUAGACACUACUGACUUGCAGGUGUUACAGGAUCCUGCAGGGGGCGCUCUGACGCUCUUCAGUCCGCCGGUAAAACCAUGAAGAACAAAGACUGGCGUGCUGAGACUGAGAUGUUGAGCAUGAAAGCGCAGAUGGAUGUGAUCUGCUGUAAAUCAGUAGGAACUGAUCUGUCUAUGCUGGAUAUUGAGGAUUUCAUCAGUGAAAUCUGUCAGCUGAAGAAAGAGGUGGCGUCACUGGAGGCAAAGCUGAGAGAAAGAGGAGACAAACCCAACAGAGAGGAUUCAUUCUGGAGCAUCAGAAAUCAGAGAUCCAGAGACACACAGGACUCAGAGCUCAGCCUCACUUUACUGUGUUAUACUGACGCUCAGGAUCAUGGAUCCGCUGAUCAAACCUCUGACUGUAACGCUGGAGAACAGCAGAUGCUGCAGACGCCGCUGAAGAUGUGCUCCGUCAAACUGGUGGACUGCAGGAACCUGAUAGAGAGCAGAGGAGAAAAAAACACAGCAGAGGAACAACAACAGAGACACGAGGAGGAAGAGGAGGAUCAGAUGAAGGUUGAAGAUGAUGAUGAUGAUCCAAUUAAGCAUGAGGAUGAAGAUCAAAAUGACAAUGUUGAUGAUGAUGACGAUUUUGUUCCUUCAGAAGACAAUGAUGAUUCAUCUUCUGAUGGAGAAACUGCCUCUACAUCCAAAGAGCGACGGACAGUGACCGACUGUGGAAAAACAUUCAACAAAAAGGAAAAUUUAGCGAGACGUAAGAGAAAACACUCAGAACAAAUAGACUUCCCCUGCAAGAUAUGUGAUCUCAGCUUUCCUACUUAUGCAGAGAGGAAACUUCAUUCAAAAGAGCACACCGUGAAGAAGGAGUUUCGCUGUGAACAGUGCGGGAAGGAUUUUUUCACCACUCCUUAUAGUAUGAGAGCUCAUAUAAACACACACAGUGAAAAGACUUUACAGUGCAACGUGUGUAACAAAUAUUUUCGGACCAACCCACAUCUUACAUGUCAUAUGAGAAUCCACACGGGUGAAAAGCCGUACCAGUGCCCUCACUGCGAGAAGAGCUUCAACCAGAUAACCCUUUUGAAGAACCAUCUACACAAACACACCGAUGGGAGGCCGUAUCAGUGCAGUGAAUGUGGGAAAAACUUUACAAACUCAACUCUUCUAAAGUCACACCAACAAAGACACUCUGAUUUCAAACCCCAUCAGUGUUCAUACUGUGAGAAACGAUUCAAACAUUCGACUCACCGGAAAACCCAUGAGAGGAUUCACACCGGAGAGAAACCGUACCUGUGCUCCUGCUGCGGGAAGAGCUUUGCUAGUCCAUAUUCUUUUAAAGUUCAUCAGAGAGUUCACACUGGAGAAAGACCGUAUCGCUGUAGUGAUUGUGGGAAGGGCUUUUAUAAGCUAAGUGACUUAAAAAUACACCAGAGGACUCAUACAGGAGAAAAACCUUUUAAAUGCUCACAUUGUAACAAGGCUUUUGCUCGUUCAAGUGCCAUGAAGGUCCAUGAGCGAAUGCAUACAGGAGAGAAACCUUACCGCUGCUCCAUCUGUGGCGAGAGUUUCUCUUUUAAAUGGGCUUUUCAGAGUCACAAGAAGAAACACACUGAACCAGAAUCAUCAUAGCUUCAUCAUGAAAUUAUUUGUGUAAAAAAACCAACCGUCAGUGUUACUGGAACACUACUUUCUAGACACAAAACCAUUUUGUGUCUAGAACAGGGGUGCCCAAACCUGCUCCUGUCCUGCACAGUUUAGCUCCAACACCUCAAACUCGUUGUCGUGCUCCUCAAACCAUUCCUGAACCAUUUUUGCUUUGUGGCAGGAGCAUUAUCCUGCUGAAAGAGGCCACAGCCACCAGGGAACACCGUCUCCAUGAAACUGUGUACAUGAUCUGGAACAAUGCUUAGGUAGGUGGUACAUGUCAAAGUAACAUCCACAUGGAUGGCAGGACCCAAGGUUUGAUGGAAGGCUUGAUCAAGAUGCAUCAUAGCAGCAUGGACCAAUCGGUGUGACAUCAGAGAGUGCCGGGGGUCCAUGGAAGCGUUUGUAGAGCAUACGACUCCUUGUGCUUUUGGAUCACUCUUGCGGAUGCAUCUCAAACAAGCCUGGUGUGUUUGUGUUUGGUGCUAGUGUUGAUGUGAAAGAUGAGACAUAUAUAAUGACGUAAAGGCCUGGCUCUGAGCUGGCUCUUGCUCGUGGAAAGGCAAAUCGGUUCUUAAAGCCGGAACACACCAAGCCGACGCCGACGAACUAGUGGCGACGAAAGCAGACUGUGGGGUUGGCUCACAUCGGCAGCGUCUGUGUCCAAAGUUGCCCUGACACCAAACCAACGCUAGACACCAUACG